CGGAGCAGCACCAAGACCUCAUCGGGGAGCAGCUGGUGCAGGAGAAGCACUACAGCGACAUGAUGAAGAAGGAGCGAACGCUCAUGAACGGCAUGACCAAGGCGGACCUCUUCAGCCAGCGAAUCCCUGCGAACGUGUUGUCGUCGUCGCUGCUGUUUGACUCGGACGAGGAAGACGAGGGCGAAGAAGAAAGCGCGGGAAACGAAGAAGCGAAGCGCGAGGUCGUGCGACCCGGAAACAAGCGGCUGACGCAGCAGAAGCGCAACCGGAUGUUAGAAAUGGAGAAUCAACGCCGCGAAGCGCAGAAGCGGAAGAAAGAGCGGCAAUUCCUGCACGAUGUCGACAAUGCGAAGAAACUGGCGAAGGAGUACGAAGACACGCAGGAGCGAAGGGAGCAGGAGAAACAGGAGGAAUUGGAGAUGAAAAAGCUGAAAGAAGAGCAAAAGCUUCCCGCCAUCUUGCAUGGAGGCAAAGCAAUAUAUCCUUUGGUAGAUUGAUAGAGGAGUGCUUAACGAGCAAUUUGGAGGCGCCUAAGGUGGAUGUGUUGUUGUCGAACGAAAUUACGGGCUCGUUGCGGACGACGCGGAAUAUUGUGAACGCGGCCCAACAGCAGUUCGAGUCGAUCGAACGCCGCCAUCUGGUGCAGCGGAAGGGCGCGAAGCCGAAGAGGAAGUACGAGCGCAUUCGAGUGAAGAUGGGAAUACUGAAACAUAGCCGUGUUUAAGUUGUUUAGU